CCAGGAUUGCUAACUCAGAGAAGGGAAAUAAAUAGUAACAAAGGCGAGCAUUUAUUAAGCACUUAUGGUGUGCCGGGCCUCGAAACAUCAUCGGAUUUCGUUCUCAGACCAACCCUAAAGGUGCUGGUGUUAACUCCCCAUUUUAAAGAUAAGAACCAGCCGCUCAACCAGGGUAAGGCACUUGCCCCACUGUGGAUAAGCAGCAGCUUCGGCCUGACUCCAGAUCCCAACGUUGUGGAAGCCGGAACGCCCCAAGAACAGGCGGAGAGCAGAGGGAGCACCGCACGGGCGCGGGCCGGGUUGGGGGCGCCCCCAGGCCUCCAGGAGGUCGCGCGGCCCCGGCGAGAGCGGACGAGCCGUCAGCACCAGGGACAGCUCCCCGGGCAGCUCCCGGCAUCCCUCGACGACUGCGCGCGCGGGCCGGUGACGCGCGCUCCCCGCCAGACUCGGGCGCGCGCCCUCCCCGCCAGCGCGCGCCCUGCGCUCGGGACCAGGCUGGAGCCGCGCUUGCCGCUCGCAGGGAGCCAGCCAGGGCGUCCGGAGUCGCGGCCGCAGCGCGGAGCUGGCAGGGGUGCCCCCCCGGGCACGCAGUCGCCUCCCCGGGGGCCUCCAGGGCCUCUCAGCGCUCGCCUCGCCCGCCCAGCCCCACCAGGCGCCACCGCCGUGGCCUGGGCAUGAGCGGCCGCCGCUAGCUGCGCCCUGCCCGGGACGGACGCCCGCCCGCCCCGUCACGUGCGCCCAAGUCCUCGCGGCCGGGGCAGCGCCGUUCCCUUGCUUCAAGAUAAGAAAACUGAACCCAGGGAGAGGCCUCUGACCCAAGGUCGCCAGCAAGAGUAGAGCAGGACGGAGGCCCCUCAGGCGCGUGUCACCUGGGCCACAGCUGAGUAGAGUCCUGGAGUCCCCAGGGAGGAGGCUGAAGGCUGUUGAUGGAGAAGGGGGCGGAUGACAGCCGGGACCGUGGUCAUCACCGGGGGCAUCUUGGCGACUGUGAUUCUGCUCUGCAUCAUCGCUGUUCUGUGCUACUGUCGGCUCCAGUACUACUGCUGCAAGAAGGACGAGUCGGAGGAGGACGAGGAGGAGCCGGACUUCGCCGUUCACUCGCACCUGCCCCCACUGCACUCCAACCGCAACCUGGUGCUGACCAACGGGCCGGCGCUCUACCCCACUGCCUCCACCUCCUUCAGCCAGAAGUCUCCGCAGGCCCGGGCCCUGUGCCGCAGCUGCUCCCACUGCGAGCCCCCCGCCUUCUUCCUGCAGGAGCCGCCGGAGGAGGAAGAGGACGUGCUGAACGGCGGGGAGCGCGUGCUCUACAAGAGCGUGAGCCAGGAGGACGUGGAGCUGCCCGCGGGGGGCUUCGGGGGCCUGCAGGCGCUCAACCCCAACCGCCUCUCGGCCAUGCGGGAGGCCUUCGCCCGGAGCCGCAGCAUCAGCACCGACGUGUGACCCGGGCCCGCCCCCGGGACCCUGGCCUGGAAGAUAUGUAGAUCUCUUUGAAACGAAGUAAACACCCAUCCCUCCCAGCUCACUCUUCUCCACCGUGGGGACCUGCUGGGGGAGCCGCUGGCUCCCUGAGGAAAGUGAAGGCCAAUAAAACAUCUCCCACGUUCC